AUGAAUUCCAUCUUCUUUACCGGUGGUAACUUUGCUCGACUUGCAGUGAAGAACAACACCAGGAAAAUGGGGGAAACAAAGAACAAAUUCCGUGUGUUAAUGGUAAAAAUUUGUAACCGAUUCAAAUUCAAGCUAAUUGUGAUGUUUUUUCUUUUUGGAAAAGCGAAGGCAGAACUCGAUUUCACGUACUCCGGAGGAUUUCCUCGUUUUAAGCAAUCCUUCGUUUCUUCCGAUCCUAUAUCAGAAAGCCAGGAUCUCUUUAAGGAUAUGAUCUCAAGUGCAUCGUUUGCAAGAGGGGGGAUGUUGUACAACUCCCCUUUGUCGGAUGAAGCAAUGAUGUUUACUGGAGCUUGCUCAAGGUUACUCAGGUUCCCUUCACCCCCACAGCUGUCUGCAACAUAUGUUCAAUGUGGGUUAGGGUGUAGCGGAUCUCUAUGGGCACAUACAACAUUAGGUGUUGAACCGGAUGCUAUGCUCAUUGGCUUUGGAGACGACAUUGGGAUUAGCGUCAUUGUUGUCAACGACUUACUUGCUGACUACAUUCAUUUUUAUCAGCCGGAUAAACAAUUCAUGCCCACACCACGUUGUCUGGAUGCCUCGAAGUUGCUUAACAUGGUAUCCCAACAGGAAUACCUGAACAAGGUCGAGAGAAGUGGGAACUAUUUGAUGGGGUCGUUAACCAAGAACUUGGAAAUGCAUCAUCAGGUUGUGGGCAUAAGAUCAGUUGGUCUUGUUGCUACUAUUCAGCUGAAGGUGAAUGCGCAUUCACUGAUCAUUGCAUGUCAACAGCUGGGACUUCAAUUGGACUUUGGGGGAAUACCCAACAGCAUUCGGAUGAUGCCACCUGCUGAGGUAACUGACUAA